AUGAAUACGCGUCAGUUGCGUAGAAUCGCCGCGGCCGUAAAAUCAUUACAGACACAGAAAACACCAUGCACUUGCCGUAGCUACAGCCAAGUGCGGCCCGUUUAUGUCAUUGAAAGACCCAAAUGGAGGAAUUCAGCGCAAAGCUUCUACGCCGCUCAGUCCAUCGACACAAGGGUACGUGAAGGUUCGCACAAGAAUGCGGACGAUGUGCUGUUUGACAUGUUCAAAAAUGAAGAAACGGGGUUACUUCCUGUGGGAAAGUUUUUGGCUGCUUUACGAACCACAGGGAUAAAGAAGAACGAUCCACGCGUAAAGGAAGUUAUGCACAACCUGUACAAAGUGCACAAGGAAUCGAAUUUCGAAGGCGGAUCACCGGAAACGCUGAAGCUGGACAGGAAGACGUUCAAAGAAGUGAUCGCGCCGAACAUAGUUUUGAUCACGCGCGCGUUUAGAAGUCAAUUCGUAAUCCCUGACUUUCAAGAUUUCAUAAAGGACAUUGAAGAAAUGUAUUGGACGGCUAAGAGCAUUACCGAUGGCAAAGUAGCCAGUUAUAUACCUCAGUUGGCAAGAGCUAACUGUGAUAAUUGGGGAGUCAGCGUAUGCACUAUAGAUGGGCAACGGUUCUCAAUAGGAGACGUUAACGUCCCCUUCACUCUACAAUCGUGCAGCAAGCCGUUAACGUAUGCGAUGGCCCUUGAAAUGCUGGGCCCCGACGUCGUUCACCAGUAUGUUGGCACGGAGCCCAGUGGCAGAAACUUCAAUGAACUCGUCUUGGAUCACAACAUGAAGCCUCACAAUCCAAUGAUAAACGCGGGAGCCAUAUUGGUGUGUUCGUUGUUAAAAACGUUGGACAAGCCCGAAAUGACACUCGCUGAAAAAUUCGACUACGUCAUGUCCUUCUUCAGCCGUCUGGCGGGCCACGAGGCCCUAGGCUUCAAUAAUGCUGUAUUUUUAUCCGAACGCGAGGCGGCGGAUAGGAAUUACGCGUUGGGCUUCUAUAUGCGAGAACACAAAUGCUACCCGGAGAAAACCAACCUUCGGGAAUGUAUGGAUUUCUAUUUUCAGUGCUGCUCUAUGGAAGCUAAUUGCGACAUAAUGUCCAUCAUGGCGGCAACCUUAGCAAAUGGCGGGAUAUGUCCUAUCACGGAUGAGAAAGUGCUAAGACCCGAUUCGGUCAGAAACGUACUAUCUUUGAUGCAUAGCUGUGGCAUGUACGACUACUCAGGCCAAUUUGCCUUCAAAGUAGGUUUGCCGGCGAAGUCGGGAGUUUCUGGUGCUAUGUUGAUAGUCGUGCCGAAUGUUAUGGGCAUAUGCACUUGGUCGCCGCCCUUGGAUCCUUUGGGCAACAGUUGCAGGGGUUUACAAUUUUGCGAGGAACUAAUAAAGCGAUUCAAUUUCCACAAAUACGAUAACAUACGCUACGCGAGCCACAAAAAAGACCCACGCCGUUACAAAUUCGAAACAACUGGACUGAGCAUUGUCAAUCUGCUGUUCUCGGCUGCAAGUGGGGACUUAAGCGCGCUGAGAAGGCAACAUCUCUCUGGGAUGGACAUGACACUGGCUGAUUACGACGGCAGGACUGCUUUACACCUUUCUGCUGCGGAGGGUCAUUUAGCAUGCGUGGAAUUCCUACUGGCUCAGUGCAACGUACCCCACGACCCACAGGACCGUUGGGGCAGUCGCCCCCUAAAUGAGGCAGAAACAUUUGGACACACAGCUGUAGUGGAAUACCUUAAGAAGUGGGAAGAAUCUCAUCCGCUCGGUAUUGAGCCAGAGAGUUCAAUAUCAACCGUAGACGAUAUCCUUGAUGUGCAGCCCCAAGCAGAUGACCCAGUGAACGAUCCGAGCAUCCGUGAAAUAGUGAAACGAAACGGGGAUAAAGUAAAUUGA